CCCCAAGGCCGGAUGCCGGCGCCCGGCCGGGGCCCCCAGGGGCCACCGCUGACCAUGCCCGGGCUCCGGGGGGCGCUGCGCGGGCCGGCCGGCUGCGGCUCCUGCCUCGGGGCGGCGCUGGCCCUGCUGCUGCUGCUGCUCCCCGCCGGCUGCCCGGUGGGGGCUCAGAACGACACGGAGCCCAUCGUGCUGGAGGGCAAGUGCCUGGUGGUGUGCGACUCGAGCCCGUCGGCGGACGGUGCGGUCACCUCCUCGCUGGGCAUCUCCGUGCGCUCCGGAAGCGCCAAGGUGGCCUUCUCCGCCACGCGGAGCACCAACCACGAGCCGUCGGAGAUGAGCAACCGCACCAUGACCAUCUACUUCGACCAGGUGUUAGUAAAUAUCGGCAACCAUUUCGAUCUCGCCUCCAGUAUAUUUGUAGCACCGAGAAAAGGGAUUUAUAGCUUCAGCUUCCAUGUGGUCAAAGUGUACAACAGACAGACCAUCCAGGUCAGUUUAAUGCAGAACGGCUACCCAGUGAUCUCCGCGUUCGCAGGAGACCAGGACGUGACCAGAGAAGCGGCCAGCAAUGGGGUCCUCCUGCUGAUGGAGAGGGAGGACAAAGUGCACCUCAAACUGGAGCGGGGCAACCUCAUGGGAGGCUGGAAGUACUCCACGUUCUCGGGCUUCUUGGUGUUCCCUCUAUAA